GAUGCUGUGAUAGGACUGGAAAGGACUCUCUACUCUAUCCAAGAAGGCUCUGCUCCUGCAGUGGAAGUGUGUAUCGUCGUGUAUAGGCCGACUGGGAUCUGUCCUAUUCCAUUCCCAUUCUCUGUCAUGUUCUCAACCAGCGAUCUCACUGCAGUGGUCGACAACGACUAUUUGGAUGCAGACACGAUCCAACUCUUUGGAGCGUGUGCUACAAAGCGUUGCAUAUCUGUACCAAUCGUGGAUGAUUCCACAGAAGAGCCUGAUGAACAAGUAUCUAUCUCUCUCGGUGAUCCCUCUGACAGUCGGAUAACCGCUUCACCACGACAGGGACUGAUUAACAUAACAGACACGAAGCCAGCCAACAUAUCUCUGGUCUCCUCUCCCUCCUCCUCCAUUGUGGCAGGAGACAGUGUCACUCUCACCUGCACCAUCUCCCUGCCUGUUGGAGUAACCGAUACUCCAUCAUUCAUGUGGGAGGGGCCUGGAGUAAUCCCUACUCCAACUGAUCCCACCUCCAGUGGGAGGAUGGUGUCAAGUACCCUAGUACUCCAUGAGGUUGCGACAUCUCAGGCUGGACUCUAUACGUGUACUGCCUCCCUCAGAGGCUCUAUAGAUAAUUCUACCACCCUCAUUGUGCAGAUUGCAGUUCCUACUCCUGUUGUUACUGCCAGUGGUAGUAUGUUAGCUGGAGCACCACUCACUCUACAGUGUGACUUCAAUCUCAGUGCAUCAGUGGAGGACAUUAGUGUUGAUACAGUUGUCACAUGGACGGUGGGAAAUACAGCCGUAACUACCUCUGGAGAAGGAAGGAGGGUCUAUAAUAGUGGAACAAAUCUUGAAUUCUCCCUUUUGACUACCUCUGACACUGGCAGAUACACAUGUACACUUGCCAUAAUACCGCAGACAUCCUUUAUUACUGUGGACGGUCCAAAAGAGAGUCCAGAGAAAAUCAUAACUGCUCAAAUACCUCCACCAGUUGUGACAGUCUCUCUGAGUCAGAAUGGUCCACUGUAUGCUGGUACUAGUCUGACUGUCACAUGUACUGUUACACUGGACUCUAGUGUCAACAACAAUGAACUGGUCUCCACUGACUGGACUGGUCUAGACCACGUACCUAUAGACAGAAUCUCAACCACCCCUGUCAUUAGAGUAAUCGACAGUAGCUACACCAGUACCCUCACCAUCAGUCCUCUAGCUGAUCAAGACGAUGGCACACUCAACUGUACUGGGACAGCCACUGGAGCAACUCACAUCCAGUCAGCUUCUAAUGCCGUAAUAGAUGUGAUCGUCCCGCCUGCUCCAUAUGUCACAAUCUCAACAACUGGACUCUCGAUUGCAGGCCAGAGCUACACCUUCAAAUGUUCAGCUAGUGUAGUGGCAGGACUGGUGGCAGAGCCUCACAUGAAGAUAGUUUUACCCAACACAACUGAGAUAUCAGUAGUAGCUACUAAAAUGCUAAAUCACACAUUCUCUUCUCUGAGGAUUUCUGAUGGAGGCCAAUACACCUGCACAGCCACUAUCAACAUCCCACAGGUUGGUGCAACUAACAUCCAGUCUUCAGUAGCAAAGACAUUGGCUGUUGUUUAUGCCUACCCAGUUGAGAGGCUUUGGUCCAGCAGAACAACAGGAACUUCUAUCACCUUCUAUUGGAGUCCUCCAAGUAUUGGAGCUCACCUCACCAUGAACUAUCAUCUGAAGUGUGAUCCUCUGUUGAUUGAAUUACCAAUUCGUCAGGCAUUAGUGUCAGCUACGAGUACCUCAGCCGUUAUAACUGAUCUCCAUCCUGGAAAUAUCUACAACUGUAGUAUCUUUACCGUUGGUCCCUUGGGAAACUCAGAGCCAAAAUCACACAAUAUUACCACUCCUGAGAUUGCUCCCUCAGGUUCUCCAGAGAUGUUUGGGGCAGUAGCUGGAGAGAGAGAAGUGGAGUUCUCCUGGUCUCCCCCACCUCCCACCCAGCAAAAUGGAGUCAUCACCAGCUACACCCUCUCCUGCUCCCCCUCCCCCUCCUCCCUCCCCCAGUCCCCCUCCUCCCAGUCCUCUGGCUCUCUCUCAGUGACUGGCUUCUCUCCCAACACUCUCUACUCCUGUUCUCUGACUGCUAACAAUAGUCAGGGAUCUGGACCGCCUGCUACAGCUAUCUUCACUACCCAGCAAGACUAUGCCUAUUUUCAGUUGCGACUUAAAGGAGUAUUGCCUUGUCCAAACGUGAUAGCAACACUUACAGAGCAGAAACUAAAAGACGUUGAAACUAAAAUCAUACAGAUAUUUAAAGCAGGAUGCGCCGAAUGUAGUAGUAAUGUGUUGGACGAACAGUCGUUUUCCUGUUUUGAGGAAUCUCCGUUAUUCCUGACGUAUCGAGCCAGACUGGAGGGAACCUCUGAGAGGGACAGUGGCUCCCUCGUCUCUCUGAUAGAGGCCUGGGUGAGAGGAGGCGGGGCCAGUGUCAUUGUGACUGGAGUACUGAUGACUGUUGACUCCCAGUGCUCAGUGACCAUCUCUUCUCUCAGUGAUCCAGAGUGCUCGAAACCUUCCCCACCACCAAAUGAACCUAAACCUUCCCCUACCCAAACUCUACCGACUGCAGGCAGUGACAGCACUGCCGCCAUUAUUGGAGGGGUUGUGGCAAUUGUGCUCAUCAUUGCUAUUGUAGUAACCAUUGUAGUUAUUGCUGCUCUGAUCCUAAAGAAUCGUCGACUGACUACCAAGACUGCUGAAAAGUUUGAGAUGGGUCUAGUGCCAGGUUCUCCUGGAGUCAUUCCAACUUCCACCAACUCUGCCUACCACACAGUAAAGAAGGAGGGGAGGGUGACUGGGACGUAUGACAUCCCACUGAGAGCUGGGGACGAAGGAGGAUACGAUAUUAUCUGUCCCUCACCUCCUCCUCCUCCUCCUCCUCCCUCCCGUCCCUCACCUCCUCCUCGUCCUCGUCCUCCCUCCCAACAGUCUCUCCCCAAACUCCCUGAGUCUGAGGAGGAGGUGUACGAAGUGAUCCCUGGAGAGGACAACUGACUGGAUGGAUAUUACGUUACUGAUAGAGAGCUAGUUGUGGACUAUUGUCUUGUAGGCUUCAUGCAACUAUAUUAAUUUUGUAUUUUUGCAACGCAGCAACACCCUCGUAUAUACCCAAAUAAAAAG